AUGUGGUAUUUGGAGGAAGCAUGCACAACUCGAUAUUUUUUAACUGAAUUUCCAAGUUUUUAUGCGAACGUGCAUUAUCCAUCAAUAAGAGAGCAAAAAUUGGACCGCAUCCAGCAAAAAUUGGACCGUAUCCAGCAAAUUGGACCGCAUCCAGGCAAAAAUUGGACCGUAUCCAGCAAAAUUGGACCGUAUCCCGCAAAAUUGGACCGUAUCCCGCAAAAUUGGACCGUAUCCAGCAAAAUUGGACCGUAUCCAGCAAAAUUGGACCGUAUCCAGCAAAAUUGGACCGCAUCCAGGCAAAAAUUGGACCGUAUCCAGCAAAAUUGGACCGUAUCCAGCAAAAUUGGACCGUAUCCAGCAAAAUUGGACCGCAUCCAGGCAAAAAUUGGACCGUAUCCAGCAAAAUUGGACCGUAUCCAGCAAAAUUGGACCGCAUCCAAAAUUGAAGGACCGUAUCCGGACCGCAUCCAGCAAAAAUUGGACCGCAUCCAGCAAAAAUUGGACCGUAUCCAGGCAAAAAUUGGACCGCAUCCAGGCAAAAAUUGGACCGUAUCCAGCAAAAUUGGACCGUAUCCAGCAAAAUUGGACCGUAUCCCAAAAUUGAAGGACCGUAUCCGGACCGCAUCCAGCAAAAAUUGGACCGUAUCCCGCAAAGUAAUACUUGUAACAGUCCUUGACUAUUAUGGUGUAUUGAAUCAGCUGUCGUUCUUUUUCAUGUUUUACUAA